GUCAUAUAAACGGAGACUCUCUCUUUAAAAGACUCAGUUGUGUGCGAGCGCUCGAAGUGAUUGUAUCCUAUAGCUUCUCGUAGAGUGAAUUUGUAUAACUUACAAAGUUAAAAUAGAUAAAAUGACUAAAUUAUUAACAUUUUUGUUGACUAUCUGCUUGGUGGUGAUAGUAACUUCUGCAGCCACAUCUGAUAAAAAAUGUGGUCGCCAUGGUGAUCCCUGUGUGUCUGUAGCCGAUUGCUGCCCAGUGAAGCAAAUGGCCUGCAAUCGUUUCGCACAAAGAUGUCAAAUUCAAAUUACCAAAGAGGAACUUUUAGCGCAACGGGAAAAGAUCCUUGGGCGCCGUGGACCAGACAACAAAUGAAUGUGAAAUCAAGAAGUAAUUUUUAAGUUUAAUUUUAUUUUUGUAAUUGUGUGAAUCUCAUUAUACAAGAUCUGAAAACGUGAAUUGCAACGAAAGAUCUAUUCGAUUUUUAAAUGAUGAUAUUUCGAUUUAUAAAAAGCGAAAUGAAAAGUUAUAUCUUCGUGUUCAACUUAGUACAAAUAAAUACAUUUGAAGAGAUUCAAA